UAAUUCUGGAUGGAUGGAGAGUAGCAUGAGGAAGUCAAAUAUUAAGAAGUAAGAUGAAUUGCCAGCAAGGGUAUCUACUAAAUCAAUAGUUUCAAUGGUCAUUUAUAAAGAUGGCCUCAAUAGGAGAGUUCUAUUUUAAGUACAUGAAUCCAACAGCUGCAGGGGACUGCUUUUGGGUGUAAGUCACCUGUGUAGUCAGAACAUUUAUGAAACAAAUUGAGGCAACACCAGGAUGCUUUUAUAAUGUAUGCUGUUUUCAAGACUUGGAUUAUCACUUGCAUUUAUCUUCAACUGCUCCUCUUUAAUCAUCUCGUCAGAACUACAGGGAUCUGCACGAACCGUGUCACUGAUGAUGUGAAAGACGUUACAAAAUUGGUGGCAAAUCUUCCAAAAGACUAUAAGAUAGGCCUCAAGUAUGUCCCCGGAAUGGACGUUUUGCCUAGUCAUUGUUGGAUAAGCAAAAUGGUGGAGCAAUUGUCAGUCAGCUUGACUGAUCUUCUGGACAAGUUUUCAAAUAUUUCUGAAGGCUUGAGUAAUUAUUCUAUCAUAGACAAACUUGUGAAAAUAGUAGAUGACCUUGUGGAGUGCAUGGAAGAACACCCAUUGGAGAAUGUAAAAAAGUCAUCUAACAGCCUAGAACUCAAGAUGUUUGCUCCUGAAGAAUUCUUUAGAAUUUUUAAUAGAUCCAUCAAUGCCUUCAAGGACUUGGAGAUGGUGUCAUCUAAAACUAGCGAAUGUGUGUUUUCUUCAACAUUAAGUCCUGACAAUGAUUCCAGAGUCAGUGUCACAAAACCAUUUAUGUUACCCCCUGUUGCAGCCAACUCCCUUAGGAAUGACAGCAGUAGCAGUAAUAGGAAGGCCUUGAAUUCCAUUGGAGACUCCAAGCUGCAAUGGGCAGCCAUGACGUUGCCAGCAUUCUUCUCUCUUUUAGUUGGCUUUGGUUUUGGAGCCUUAUACUGGAAGAAGAAACAACCAAAUCUUACAAGGGCAGUUGAAAAUAUACAGAUUAAUGAAGAGGAUAAUGAGAUAAGUAUGUUGCAAGAAAAAGAGAGAGAGUUUCAAGAAGUCUAAUUGCUUGUAUCCACACUGUUACUUUCGUAUAUUGGUGGGUAACAGUUCAUGUUUGCUUCAUAAAUGAAGCCGCUUUAAACAAAUUCAUAUUCUGUCUGGAGUGACAGACCGCGUCUUUUCCUGUUCUUGCUACCCAUGACUCUAUAUGGAUGAUUCAGAAAUUGGAACAAAGUGUUUUACUGUGAAACUGGCACUGCAUUAAUCAUCUAUAAAGAAGAACUUGCAUGGAGCAGGACUCUACUUUAAGGACCUGGGGGACUUGUAGUGUCAUUUAGAACCUGCAACUGAUGUUGGGAGAGAAAGCACGUGUCCCAGACUGCACGCCCAUUUUGCAUGCCUCCAGAAAUGUCUAAUUGCUGAAAAGCCACAUCGCUUUAUUUUUAGUUACCACCUGCAGUUUGUAGUUAUCUCGGUCCCUUCAAGUAGCGUUCAAGCUGGAUAGUUGCGGUAAUAAUUUUUCUCAAAGGGACCUAGAAGAAUUUUAAAGACAAAAACUCGAUAGCAUCAGCCACUGCACAUAUUCAAAGCAGUGGAGGAAAAAGUGAUUGGAGUGGGUAUCACGUCAGCUUCUUAGCCGCUAAUGAUAUGGGUCUGAUCUCGAGUCUCUUCCUGAUGUGAACCACGCUCACCCACAUCGCAUGAGACAAAGGGGCACGGUUGGCUGGUACUGAAUUGGAACAGUGAUGCCUUUGCAGAGGGGAGAGUCCCCCAAAGAGUCAUCGCACGAAGAAGCUAUGAACACUGAGCAGCAGGGCAGUCGCCGAGGAGGACAUUCGUCUCCCCUGGUGCGGGCGGCCUUUUCCCUUGACCACUGUCGGGUGUAUAAAUCAUGCUUGCAAAAUAUAUUACAAAAUGUUUAUAUUCUAAAACUAUUACAGAGUUAUGGAAAGGGACUUAGGAGAAAUUGCUGAAUGUAUGAAGGUCCUGUUUUUGAUUUCCGCCAUGGGAGAGAGUAAAAAUAAAUUAUGAUAUUUAGUAUGUAAGGUUAGGAAACCACAACACCCACAUGCUGAUAUGGGUGUUGAAACUAGGUUACUUGGCUUUUAUAAGAAUGCAAGGAAUCAGGAAACUCUACUUAUUUAUAGUAUAACCACCAUUAUCUGUUUUAAAGGAUCCAUUUAUUUAAAAUCAGGCACUCUAUAUCCAUUAAGGUUUAUGAAUUAAAUAAAAAGAGAGCUUUAUGUA